AUGUCAUCGCCAUCAGGAUCCUCCCACAGCGGCAAGCGCAAGAGAACCGCUGCCGCCGUCGCCGACCGCAACCUACAGGACGGCGCUCUGCAGACAUCCUCGCGAGAUGCCUCGGGCGAGGAGGGCGAUACCACCGCACCAGAGUCGUCGCGACAAACCAGACGAUCCGCCAAUGGCACGAGCUUGAACCCUAACAAGAGACAACGGGCCAAUCCAGAGCGAGUUCUGGACAAUGGCAACAGCAACAACGUGCUCGAUCCUGGUGAGCCCAGUGACACCACUGAAGCUAGUGUCGACAUUGCUGAGAGGGUUGGCCGCAAAGCGCGGAAGAGCGUAUCCAAGGAUGUCGAGGAGGAGAAGAAGAAGACGAUGGCCCCACCGCCCAUUGGCGAACUCACGCAUCCCGUGGGCUUCAAGACAAAUGCCCCUCCGGUUGGCCGCACCGUGAGAGUAUACGCAGACGGAGUCUUUGACCUGUUCCACCUUGGACACAUGCGCCAGCUUGAGCAAGCGAAGAAGGCCUUCCCCGACACAACCCUCGUCGUAGGCGUCACUGGCGAUGGUGAGACCCACAAGCGCAAGGGGUUGACGGUCAUGUCUGCAAAGGAGCGCGCCGAGUCCGUGCGACACUGCAAAUGGGUAGACGAAGUGAUUGAAGACUGUCCAUGGAUCGUCACCCCAGAGUUUCUCGAAGAGCACCGCCUCGACUAUGUCGCCCACGACGACAUCCCGUACGGCGCAGACGAGGGAGACGACAUCUAUCAACCCAUAAAGAAGGCCGGCAAGUUCCUUGUUACGCAGCGAACGGAAGGUGUCAGCACCACUGGCAUCAUUACAAGGGUCGUCCGUGAUUACGAAAAAUACAUCACUCGACAGUUUAGGCGUGGCACUUCUCGCCAGGAGCUCAAUGUCAGCUGGCUGAAGAAGAACGAGAUAGACCUCAAGCGCCACGUGCAAGACCUCCGUGACAAUAUCACCAACAACUGGGCUACGACCGGCCAGGAGCUCAGCCGAGAACUGAAGCAGUUCUGGCCUACCAGUCGACCACAGAGCCCAGCCCGGUUCAACAGCUCAGGAAGCGAUAUUGCACGAUCUCCUACCACGCCUGGAGAGCGAAACUCGAAGGAGUUUAUUACCGGCUAUGCGCUUGGAUUGGUUGGUGGUGUGAAAUCAUGGAUGUCAAAGAACCGAAGAACAGUGACGGAUAGCCACCCCGCAAGCGAUGACGACUCCGAAGAGAGUGACGGCAAUGGAAGGCCGGCAGAGCAGGACAACCAUGAGGUGGCCGCUUCAAGCCGCGCGUAG